AUGCAUCGGAUUCACGGCUGGGGACCACAAUAUGACGUGACCGCCCAACAGAAGCUUUCAGAACUCCUUGCCGCUGCAGCAGUAUGCGCCAUCUGCAGCUCAAAUGCCUUCCCCGCACUGACUCAGCUUGGGGUGACGCUUUCGUGUGUCCGGGCCUCCUACGAAGCAACACUUGAAGCUCUACAAAAAGAGCCUUUUCGUCCUAGCACUGACAUCUGCAGGACAACUGAGACUGCCGCAAUAUUGGCGAGGACUGCAGAGGUUGCCGUAAAUACUGAAGAGGUGUCAGCUUCUCCGGGGAGCGGACUUGUGGGCGGAUUGAUUCUAAAAACCACCCACCUGACCCAACCACAAAGCCAAGGUGACACGCAAAACAAUUGUUUGACCUCAAUAACCAAAACGCGUUCCACGGCACAAGCACCUAGAGGGACGGACGAGAUUCCUCACAGAGAAAACCAGGGAAGUGGUCUGCCCGUCGGAUCCGGGAACGCGGAUGGCGACCCACGAAUCCAGAGGACACUCCCAAGCAAUCAUGUCCGAGAGACUGUUUCUUCGAGGUGCGGUUGCUGUCCUCUGGAAAGUAGAUCGGAACUUCUUUCGUCACUCGUUGCGGCAAGGCCAGAUGCUGCGUCAGCAGUGUUAGAGAAGAAUGAGAAUUCAGGCACAUCAGAUGAUUGGUCCGCUGUUGUUCAGGCAGAACCUGCGCCUCAACGUACACUAACGCCCAGCAGUGAACGAAUAACCUGUAGGCAACGAAACACUCCGAGAAAUAGACCGCCACUUUGCUAUCCUGGCUUCGGCGACUCGGAGGAAGUCCACACCGUCAAAAGUGUAGACGGACCUGCUGAGGACGCUAUAAUAUCUGUAGAGAAACAUGAUUGUGGGUUCAACCAGUGUGCGGACAACCAACGUAGGUACCAGACAGCAGCCUGUCCAACAACACCUUCUCUGAUUCCCGCACCUAGCGCCUCAAAUACAGCUUUGUCAUUUCGUGGAAACAGAUGUCCCCACGAAAAGUCGCCGCUAAGACGGUUGCCUCUUGGUGAGUCUAGGAGUUCCAUUACACGGCAAGAUGUUGAUGAAGACGCAUCGCGUUGCCACAUCGUUCCCAGCAGACGAGCGAGUUCUCGCCAGGAGAGCAAAGAAGGGAUAGAGGCAGUGUCUUUGAAGAUGAACACCACGAGCCAUCAGACCAUCAGCUAUUGCUCACAUCAUAAUUCUGCCAACGAUGAAGGGUCAUCGCUUCUGACGCACGACUGCCACCGAGGAUGCUAUGACAAAGACACCACAAAGGGCUUUUGCCUUGCGACUGGGAUAAGCUCUCCAAAACUGGGAGUGUCCGGCUCGAGUACUGCUGUGCCUUACAACGUACUAACUGCCACCUCAACAGGUAGCCCUCUAUGGCCUCAAAGGCGCCUGUCUCAAAUCUCGGAAUAUUAG